GUCAAACUGACAGCAUAACAAAAUUUAAAUUAUGAAGUGUAAGUGUGCAUGUUUAAACCCAAAUUCCGAUGAAAAUGAAGAAAAUCCAACAAAGAAUCAACACUUAUCCAAGCUGAAAAACGACUACUUAUACCACAUUGCGUUGGACACUGAAACGAUGAAUCUGGUUGAUGCAUUCGCAGAUACUAAGUUUGUUUGUAUGGGAGGAUCUCCGACAAGAAUGUACGCGUUUGCUAAGUUGAUAAUGCAAGAAAUCGGCUACCACCUACCGUUUGGCACAAAAUUAUUAGAUAUCAGUGAAAAAGCUGAUAGAUUUGCUAUGUACAAAGUUGGACCAGUUAUAUCAGUGAGCCAUGGUAUGGGCUGCCCGUCUAUAGGAAUUCUUCUGAAUGAACUGAUUAAAUUGAUGUACUACGCUAAAUGUAAAAACCCGGUAUUCUUUAGAUUAGGUACUUGUGGAGGCAUCGGUCAUAAAGCAGGAACUCUUAUAGUUUCCGAAGAUGCUUGCAAUGGAUUGCUCAAAAAAGAAUACUCUAUUCCUGUCCUUGGAAAAGUGCUCAACAGACCAACAGAACUCGAUAAACAAUUAUGUGACGAAUUGAAAUCUCUUUCACAAGCCGAUGAUGAUUUUCAGAUAGUUUCAGGAACUACCAUGUGCACCGAUGAUUUUUAUGAAGGUCAAGCAAGACUAGAUGGGGCAUUUUGUAAUUACACAGAAGAAGACAAAAUGAAUUUUCUAAAACUUCUUCAGAGCAAAGGAGUAUCUAAUAUUGAAAUGGAAGCAACGACAUUUGCUGCGUUUACUCAAGCUGCCGGAAUUAAAGCUGGAAUUAUAUGUGUGGCUCUUCUUAAUAGAUUAGAAGGAGAUCAGAUAUCUACCCCAAAAGAUGUUUUAACUGAAUGGCAAAUACGACCACAAAUUUUGGUUACCCGAUAUAUUAAAAAGAAUCUUGAAAUAAAGUGAUUUUUGG